GCCUUUCGAAUGACAGUUAACUUCACGUGGUCGGCGUAUAUGUAUCCAAUUUUUAAAAAUACACAAUCCAUGCCUUUGGAACCAGAGAAACACAAUUAGCCAUGGCAAAAAUACUGAGCUAUUUUCAUUUGUGUCCGAUAAAUGAUGAGGAGGAAUUUCUCGGGCUAUCACGCGAUCAAACCAAAGGCAAUGUCAUUAAUACUUUGGGCAAAAAUAUCAUUAUCAAUGUUAAGUUGAGCAACCAGAAGCAAAUAACAAGUUGGACAGCCUUAGAUAAACUCUCGAGCAAAGUCGUUUAUGAUUUCAAUUCAAAGGAAUAUGUUGGCGUUUUCGGACGUAAAUGGAUUCGAUGCUGGUCAGCCGAUUGUUCAGACAUCAAUAAAAUCAAGAAGCUCAAACUCUCGAAGCCGGCCAACAGUCUCGUGUCGAUUGAGAAUGCAGGGACAAUUGUUCUGUACACGGAUGGAACAUGUGAAUCAUUGGAAUAUGCCAUUGAAACGCGGAAAGAGAAGAAGGAUUUGUCGUUGCCACAGUUUAAGCCAAUCAUUGAUCCAUCUUCCGUUGAUAUACUUAGCUCAACAUUCUUCAAAGGAGUCAAUGAUAGCAUUUUGUUUACAUUCUUUGUGAAAUCACGUGACACUCGGGAAAUGGAUUUAAUUUAUUACAAAUUAGACAAUGAAACGUUACGCAUUUUGGGGCCAAUAAAUCGUUUGGAAUUGCUGCGCGAUGAGAAGAACGUACGAUUGUGUGGAUUUACGGUGGUUGACAGCAGUAGUUGCCCAAAUUUGGUUUCAAUUUGGUCUGAUCGGCGAAUUUUCAUGAUGGCCUUACGACCAAGCCCGAGCGAGGAUGCACCCGGUCACUUUGUCUCCAUGUUAACGGCAAUAAAUGUGGAUCAUCCGUUGUCUGUGCUGGGCGUGAGUCGUGACUGUAUUGCAAUUUAUGGUGCAAAUUCAUCACAAGAGGGUGGUGCCCUACUUUUGUACAACACUCAAUUCAAAGUGAUCGAAUCGAAGCAACUGUUCAAAGUAUUUUUCACGAAUUCACGUCUUUGGACCGUUGACACGUACAUCUUUUUGGCGGCCGGACAAAAGUUGGCGGUCAUUUCAUUUCGAAUAUCAAAAGAACAAUUGUCUGAUAUGUUGGGAUCACAGCGAAGCAUGAAUCUAACCUCAUUUGUCGACACGGAGUGCAUCAAUACGGAUGCCGAGCUGGAAGAAGUGUUGGAAUUCGACAAAACUACCUCAACACAACCGAUCAACGAUGGUACAAACGGUCAUUCGGAUUAUGAUAUGGCUGAAAUAUGUGACAUAAAUAUGGAUACGAAGCAACGUGCAUUUGAGCGUUCAGAAGAUUUAUUAGCUGACUUGAGAUCAUUACAGCAGAACGACAUUCUGAUCGAUAUAAAAUUGGACGAGGAUUUGCUUGCCGACAUGGCCGAAUUGAAAUUGUCUUCCAACAUAAAUAGCACACAUUUCGAUAGCAAAACCAUACAGUCAAUCGUCAGUGAAUUGGAGAGAAUUGGCGAAAGUGAGAUUGCAAUCAGCAAUAUUAUUAUACCGAUGUGUAUCGAAUCGAAUCUACCCGAAGAUUUAGUGGUAUGCAUUCGAAACUAUUCAAACAUUUCGGAGAAAAUGCUAGCCAUAUCGAUAAAGUAUUUCAUUGAUAAAAUACGAACGGAAGAGCCAGACUCAGUGGAACUAUUAAAUAAAUACAAAUCGCAGUUGAAUGCAAUUCUAUCGUGUUCGUUUGAGCCAGAUGUAAUGGUUGAACAGUUGCGAGCCUAUCUGAAUUUUGACCAAGUGCAAAUUCUAUUGAAUCACAUUUUUAAUGCCGUCAAUUCGGAAGAAAAACAACUCGAAGAGCGUCCACAAAACGGUGAACCAAUUGAUGAAGACAUUCUAUUGGUGAAAUGGUUUACGGUUGUGGUUGAUUCGCAUUUCCAUCAAUUCAUUUUGUCACGCGAUACCAAACUAGUCGAACAAUUGACACAGUGGAAAGAAACGGUGGACAACUUGCUGGUCGACAUUCAACAAUCGAAAACCAUUUCGGCAAUGCUCUACAAUUUGGUUGAUAGCAAACUGAUGGCCAAAGAGAAUGUUGCCACCAAAUGGUAUUCAGUAGAAGAGGUUAAAUUAUAUUAA